CUCUGUAUCCUCAGUGUUUUCCUGAAUGCCGCCUGAACAGUGAAAUGCUAACAUCUCAUGGGUGUAUCUUCUUUUAAGGAGUAAAAACUGCACAGUAAUGUCGCUCUCCACCGCACGCUCAUUCCUGUCAGAGGCUUGUUAUGGCGAACAGGAGCUCGACGCUAACUCCGCUCUCAUGGAGCUGGACAAAGGGUUGCGGUCGGGGAAGCUCGGUGAGCAGUGUGAGGCUGUGGUUUUGUUCCCCAAACUCUUCCAGAAGUACCCCUUUCCCAUCCUCAUCAACUCUGCAUUUUUAAAACUAGCAGACAUCUUCAGGCUCGGUAACAACUUUCUACGUCUCUGUGUACUCAAAGUGACUCAACAGAGUGAGAAACAUUUGGAGAAGAUUCUCAAUGUGGAUGAGUUUGUGAAACGGGUGUUUUCAGUCAUCCACAGUAAUGACCCUGUGGCCAGAGCCAUCACUCUGAGGAUGCUUGGUAGUUUGGCCUCCAUCAUCCCAGAGAGGAAGAAUGCCCACCACAGUAUUCGCCAAAGCCUGGACUCUCACGACAAUGUGGAAGUCGAGGCAGCCAUCUUUGUGUUACUAACGUUUCUGCACAAAGUGUCACCACAGCAGCUGAAAUUAGGUGUACAAUCCUGCACGCAAACUCCUAAAUAA